CUCGAGCAGGGUUGGGCUUAGACGGGCGCGCUCUCGGGGACAGGGGGGGCAGUCCCGGUCCCGGCCCUCCGCGCGGGUGGGCUUGGAGCAGGCCGCACCGGGCGGGAACCCCACUCCCACCCCGGAGGCCCCCUGCCCUUUCUCCCCCUUUCCCCCCGGCCCAUGGUGCGAGGCUGGGAGCCGCCGCCCGGGCCGGACCGCGCUAUCUCUGAAGGGCACAAGUCAGAAAGCACCAUGCCUCCUAAUAAAGAGGCCAGCAGUCUUAAUAGCUCCCCUGCGGGGCUCAUCUGCCUCCCUCCAAUCUCCGAGGAGCUACAGCUUGUGUGGACCCAGGCAGCCCAGACCAGUGAGCUGGAUGGCAAUGAACACUUGCUACAAACCUUCAGCUACUUUCCCUAUCCCAGUCUAGCAGACAUUGCUCUUCUCUGCUUACGCUAUGGGCUGCAGAUGGAAAAAGUCAAGACUUGGUUCAUGGCCCAGCGCCUCCGCUGCGGCAUUAGUUGGUCAUCUGAAGAAAUAGAAGAGACUCGAGCCCGAGUGGUCUACCAUCGGGACCAGCUCCAUUUCAAAUCCCUUCUCUCUUUUACUCAUCACGCAGGGCGGCCCCCUGAGGAGGUGCCUCCUUCUCCAGUGCCACCUCCAGAACAAAUGGGUCUUGGAAUAGUGCCCUUGACUCUUAGCGAGCCUACCCAGAUGAAAGGAUUGAAGGUAGAGCCUGAGGAGUCCUCAGAGCUGCUGAGUCACCAGAAAGCAAAGGAACCCCUGAUGGCACCUGGCAGUGGGACAUUCUCCCACCAAUCAGAUUUUUGGCAGGAUCUUCAAAGCAGUGGCCUCUCUAAGGAGCAGGCAGGCAAGGGUCCCAAUCAGUCACAUGGCCUAGGUUCUGCCUCCUGGAACCACUCCACAGCUGUCCACCAGCCACGUGCUCGGGAUAAGCCCCCACCAAUCUCAUUACUUGCCAGUAGUUGUAAGCAGGAGUCAGCAUCUAUUAUGACUCCUUCUUCUUCCUCUACCUCUUCCACUUUCCAGGUACUGGCUAAUGGAGCUACUGCCACCUCUAAACCCCUCCAGUCAUUGGGCUGUAUCUCACAGCCACUGUCACCCAAUGAACAGGCACUGCCCCCACAUCUGGAGCCAGCCUGGCCCCAGGGGCUAAGACAUAACUCAGUACCAGGUAGGGUUGGCCCUGCAGAGUACCUUUCCCCAGAUAUGCAACGCCAGCGAAAGACCAAGCGCAAAACCAAAGAGCAGCUGGCUAUCCUCAAAUCUUUCUUUUUACAGUGCCAAUGGGCACGGCGUGAGGAUUACCAUAAAUUAGAACAGAUCACUGGCUUACCUCGGCCUGAGAUUAUUCAGUGGUUUGGUGACACACGCUAUGCUUUGAAGCAUGGGCAACUAAAAUGGUUUCGGGACAACGCAGUACCUGGUGCCCCUAGUUUCCAGGACCCAGCAAUUCCCACACCCCCACCUUCAACCCGCUCCUUGAAUGAAUGGGCUGAGACACCACCUUUGCCAAACCCCCCACCCCCACCGGAUAUACGACCCUUGGAGAGGUACUGGGCAGCCCACCAACAGCUUCGGGAAAGUGAUAUCCCUCAACUGAGUCAGGCAUCAAGGCUUAGCACCCAGCAGGUACUGGAUUGGUUUGACUCUCGUUUACCUGAGCCAGCUGAGGUGGUGGUUUGUCUAGAUGAAGAAGAGGAGGAGGAGGAGGAGGAACUGCCAGAAGAUGAUGAGGAUGAAGAGGAGGAGGAGGAGGAAGAUGAUGACGAGGAUGAUGAUGUGAUCAUACAAGACUGAGGGGCGGGGGAGGGGAGGGGAGGUCUGUUACUAAAAGAUGAACCAACUUAGUAACUGUUUAAACAAAGAAACCACAUUUUUUUAAUUACCUUGUGGCAAAGAACUAAAAAGCUUUGUGUUCUUGAGGUUGGGGGAUGGGGGAUGUAGUGAGGGUGGACCAGGGAGGAUGACCAUAGGACCCAAAGAGGUGAGGAUUGGUUGGGCAGAAAUCAGGCCUUUAGUCUCGGUGAAGAGAGUGCUAAGGAUCUGGUCCAAACCAUGGGCUGGGAAACAAUUCUUGCUCUCUUCAUGUCUGUUCUUUCCCCUUAUUGUACUAAGGAGAGGCCAGAUAUUGGCCCCACGUCUUUAGUACUGGAAAGGAGGAGUAAAGAAUUUUGAUUCAAUUGAUGAUUCUAGUGCAUCCCCCAGUCUCACCAUUUUCCCUGGAAUAUAAGGCUGCCUCACACCCCUUUCUUCUCUGAGCACGAGUCCGUGCAUAAUACAGCUGAGAGUGUUAGUGUGUCCCAGUCUCACUACAGGUAUUUCCUUCAUGCACACCAACUUGAUGCUGGGUUUUCCCUGCUUCAUUACUGAGUUGCACAGGUAGCAGAAUGUUUUCACUUCUGAUACUGGGACCAUUUUGCCUUGUACUUUUUAAUCUUUUUCCAAAAUCCCUCAUUCUGUUCGCUAUUUGUCUCAGGGUAAAUCUUCCCCAUGGAGCUUGUGAAAAAGUUUAAUAAUUGGGUGGAGAAUAAUUUAGACUGGAUAUUUAUUGGAUGUGGGAACUGGGGGGAAAUGUCCUUUUAAAAAGUAGAAUUAGGUUACAGAGGGAUAGAAGAGAGGGAUGAUUUCUACUGUUCAGAAGGUGGGUGCAGGUAGGUUGCAGGUUUGGUUUUACAAAUCUGAAACUUCCUCCUGCCUAGCUUGACAAAGACUAAUUUUUCAUCUUUUUGAUGUUGGCUCAAUGUGUGUCUAUACUAGAGACUUUUCCCCUCUUUAUAGGAUCUGUCUUGGGGACAGAGGGACCCUGGUCUUAACUGAAUUGAUUAUUGAUGUUUUAGAAUGGUUUUCAUCAGUUGGAGUCAGAUAUAAAGAUAUCAAUGGGUUAACCAUCUAGAAAUAAGAGUGGAAGCCCCAAAUUGCUAGAAUAAUAAAAGGCCAAAAAUAAAAUUGUUUCUCCUCCACUUUGCCACUUCUAUGGUUUAGAAAUUAAUGGAGCCAAAUCUAUUAACAUUCUGACUUAGUAUACUUUUUUUUUUUUUUUUUUUAAGAAUCAGGAUAUAUUGAGGUAGGUUAAAAGAAUAAAACUUUAAAAGGCAAUACAUCAGUAUCUUAUCACUGGGAAGAUUUGUUUCCUAUACUGCUAUAGGACAGGCUCUUCCCAGAAAAGAUGUCUAGAAAUACCUUUAAAAAUAAACUCAAGAGUUCCAGAAAGGGUAGGGAAUGCUAGUUCAGCCUCAUGGUCAUUCCCAGGACUCCAUUUAUUUCUGGCAGAUGUUUGCUAUCUUUAUAUUUUUUUUCAAAAUUUUUGCUUAUGGCCUGCCUGCCACUGGCCAACCCAUUUAAUUCCUCAUUUCUACUCUUUAAUACCCAAAGAAGAAUACAUGUUCCAUCUCACUGUUGGUGUUCUUUGCCCAUUCCACCAUUCUAGAGCUUGUAAUAUAGUACCAAUAGAGCUGCAAUAACAAUAAAAGGACAUCUUUAUUUUAUCUGUGUACUUUAGUAAGCUGAAAGUCUGGGUCUCCAGCUGUUAUCAGACAGAAAGGAAAAUCAACAUAGUUAACUAGGCAUAGAGGAAACAAUAGGCAAACAGAAGUAGUAUAAUAAAUUAGGACAAGGAACAGAGUUGUUUAUUAGCUUUGGCAAUAGGUGAAUACAUCCAAAGCUUAAAAAAUGAAAUCUAGAAAUAAAACAUACUUAACAAGUGUAUGAUUUCGCA